AUGCUGUCGUAUCAGAGUAUGACUAAGCUACAGCGCAUGCUGUAUGACCAAGCCAAGAGUGCAAAUGCAUAUUAUGACCUCCUGCUGCCGGGCCGAGUUGGCGUUGCAGGAGCGCAGGCCAUUGCCGAGGGACUCAAAGUGAACACGACGUUGACUUCGCUCGAACUGAUGGAGCAUGAUAUUGGCAAUGAUGGCGCCAAGGCAUUCGCUGAGGCACUCAAAGUGAACACGACGCUGACUACGCUCUCUCUGCCACAGAAUCAGAUUGGAGACGCUGGAGCGCAAGCGAUUGCUGAAGCACUCAAAGUGAACAACACUCUGACAUUUCUGAGUCUGCCACAGAAUCAGAUUGGCCAAGGUGGAGCGCAGGCGAUUGCUGAGGCGCUCAAAGUGAACAAGACGCUGACUCUGCUCAUUCUGCGUGAGAAUCAGAUUGGCUCCGCUGGAGCGCAGGCAAUUGCAGAGGCACUCAAAGUGAACACGACGCUGAAGGAGCUCCGUUUGGAUAAAAAUCAGAUUGGCGAUGCUGGCACAAAAGCGAUUGCUGAAGCACUCAAAAUGAACAAGACGCUGACUAAGCUCAAUUUGAUUGGUAAUCAGAUUGGCGUUGCCGGAGCAGAGGCGAUUGCAGAGGCACUCAAAAGGAACAUGACGGUGCAGACGCUCUCUUUGGAACGGAAUCAGAUUGGCGAUGUUGGAGCUCGAGUGAUUGCUAAGGCACUCGAAGCAAACAUGGCGGUGACUACACUCUCUCUGUGUGAGAAUCAGCUUGGCGAUGCUGGAGCGCAAGUGUUAGCUGAGGUGCUCAAAGUGAACGCGACUCUGGCUGUGCUCUAUUUGCAUGAGAAUCAGCUUGGCGAUGCUGGAGCGAAGGCCUUUGCUGAGGCACUCAGAGUCAACAUGACAGUGCAAAGACUCGAUCUAACGGGUAAUUGCAUUGGCAAUCUUGGUGCUCAAGCGAUCGAUGAGGCACGGCAAGUGAACGACGAAUGUCGCGUUAACAUCGACCGCCAGAUCAACCCUCUCACACUCUCCUUGCGUCCACGGUUGGCAACUGCUGAGGACAUUCAGGCCGUGUUUCACCUGCUGACAGGCGGACCGGAGUUGGAAGCUCAACCCGCAUCUCUACCGGCAUUACCAUUCGAGAUUGCGGAGCCCAUUAUGGACGAAGCGCAUUACUGGCAAGGCGUGCAAGAUACCAAACAAGUGCACUUUGCUGACAUUUUCCCCAAGCAUCCGCUGAAAGUCACUGUGCCUCGAAGCAUCGAUGAAAAUCCGAUCCAAGUGAAAGCAAUUCGCGUGAUUCGUGAAUGGAAGAAGCCUUCCCACAAUGCUGGUGACAGCGUUGUUGAGUUGACUGUCCAAGAUGAGCAAGGUGCUGUUCGAUACAAAUGUGUUGCGAACCCGACUUUGGUCGAUUCCACCUUGGAGUUUGUGACGAUUUGGCGUGCGGAUCAUCACAUCAUCCGAGAGAUGCGCGAAGGUUGGAAAGUUCAACUUGUGCCCAGCGAGUUUUCCGACGAGUUCUUGUUUGAAUCUCUUUAUGUCGGAUAUGUCUAGUGGCAAUCUCCAGCUCAAAUAAACAAGCCAAGUUCUCAACCA